CGGGAAUCAUGUGACUUGUGUGCGCUGUUUGGAAUACCGGAAGCUGGGAGAUUCGAAAAACGUGUAAAUAAACAGGAAUAAAUAGAAGGGAAUGAGUUUAUCAGUGUCAUGACAUCAUGCUGCAUGUGAUGGGAUACAGACUGUCUGGACGUUCUCUCAAAUCCAUCGUCUGCACCAAAAAUGGAAUUGAAGUUGGAGGUUUUAUUGUCGUCCAGCAUCAAGCGCAGAAAGCCAUGGCCUCGUUUCUGCUGGCUGGGGAGGGAGAAGGAAGGUGUUUUUCUGUUAGAUGACAAUCGGAUCAGUGAAAUACAUUUGGUGUCGGGCCAGACCAAAAAGAAGACCCCAAAACUACAGCCUCUGUUACAGAGAGUGGUGACCAUGUCAGCUUCUGAGAACGGUAUGUGGUUGGCUGGUCUUCUGGUGUCUGGUGAACUCUUUCUGUGGAAUAAAGACAAGGAUUCAUUAAAGAUGACCUCCAGUGCUCCUGCAGUUCAACAGCUGGCUUCUUCCAUCAAAGGUUCAGCAACUACGGUACGACUUUCUCUGCUGCUUUCUGAGAACGGAAAGAGAGUUUUCCUGGCAACUCUGACGGGACAGGUGUUCCUCUGGGAGUGUUUAGCACUACGGGAUCUCAACAGCCUUCGCGAUGGUACCGUCAGAGGACGCUGGAGUCAGAUAACACACCCUGAAACAUCUCAGCUGCCCUCCUCAAAGGACAAAGAGGCCUCCAUUCAUAGUGUGUUUGUGAAGAACCAGGCAGUUGGUGACGUGUGUCUGAGUGUGUUUGUCUUCAACACUGAAGACCAGCUGACUGUCACCUUACUGAAGAUCCAAUGGGAGAGGACAUGGGACCGCAACCUCAGUCCAGCAGGUUUCAGUGUGAACUGGGUUUCCAAGAGUUUUCCGUUCAACCAGCUCAUGCCUCCAUGCAGACCAGUGAAGUCCAGGGGAGCUCUGGUCCCAGCAUUCUCUCCAGAUGGUCAACUACUGGCGGUAGUCCUUAACCAGAAAGACCCAAGGGCAACUCAGGUGUUGUUCAUCAGCACUCAGAACUUCGUGACUGUGUCCAGUCUGUUGGGAGGAUGUGGCAGCAAGACGCUCAAUAUUCCAGCCAAGUAUGUGAGGUCGUACUGGGUCAGUUCUGUCAGCUGGACACCUGAAGGUCUUUAUCUGGCGUGUGUCCUGAAGAGAGGCUCUCUGCUCAUGCUGGCUCGUCUGGGUGGACUCGUGUCUUUGUCCACAACUGGAUGCAACAUUGAGUUUGGACCCGCCCACUUCCUGCCUCUUCACCCAUUGGUCACUUACAGACCUCCAGUGCCUUCGCAGACUCAAGACGACGGUCUCUCCAGCUCUAGCGUGUCGCUCCGUGACCCCAUGAGACAGCGGUACUCUGUGACGUGGCAUCCACGUCAGCCGUUCCUCAUCGUGUCAGACGGCUAUAUGGUGACUGUGCUCAGGAUGCCUAAACACCCGUCGUCUGCCGCGAUUAUGAGCGCCCUUCUGCUGGAUGCUGCUCAGGGGCUGGAGAACGUGAAGAAGGUCAUUGGGUCAGCUCAGCCUCAAAUCAGGACACAGCUGGAAUCAAUGUCCACUCUGAUGUUCACAGGAAGUCUGUUUGCUCUUAAAGACAAAGACACCUCUCUGUGCACUCUACCUGUGUACCUGCAGGAUACUGGAGAUACAGGAGACAUCACACACUUCACUGAGAGAGUUCAGGGUGAGGAUGAUGACUCUGAUGAAGGUCCGUUUACUCCCUUGCAUAUGGAAGAUGGAGGGAAGCUGGAGUUUGCGUCGAUGUUUGACACUCUUCAUGCCCAAACACACACAGACGGAUCAAAGUCCACAACUUCAGGACUCCAGGAGGAUCUGAACAGGGUUCACAGGAACCUCAUGAGAGCCUGGGCUCUGGGUGUGUCCAUGGGCAGAGCCAUGAAGCAGAGAGAGCGCCUUCUCAAAUACACGAUCACCUGCAUCGUUCGACUCACAAUCCUCCAUAGAUUCAGUGACUGUACCGGCAGAAAGAUCAGAGCCUCAUGGGUCACACAAACCUUUCACAUCUUCAGAACUCUCCUGUCCUUCCUGCCAUGGGACGCGACACACACCGGAGCCGACAGCUGCCUGAAGGUCACUGUCGAGCUCACCAGAAGUUUCGUAGACUUGUUCCUCUCACGUUCACAAUCUGAUUUAGCACUUUCCUCUCAAAACUUCAACGCAGCUCUGCUCGUCCUACAGGAAGCUUCUCAGAGUCUCAAUCGGACCUACAGCCUCCCGUCAAAAGCAUUGCGUUUUGGAGAAGACGCACCGCUUCCGUAUUCCUCUGAUAUGUUUUCAGUGCCGCUGUUACAAGAGGACAUCGCUACAGACACUGAAACUAUACCGCAAUCGGCACAGAUGCGAAAACAACCUUCCAACAGAUUGCUGGUUAUUUGGCGUGAUGUGUACCGACAGGCUUUACAGUACCAGGUCGAAUUAUAUAAUCGCCAAGGCCUCAGGGGUGUUCACAACGAGUUGGACAGGAUGUCUGUUGUUUUACCACAAAUCCAACACGCUUUACAAACGACUGGAGACUGUCUUGAGAAGAGCCAUGCUCUGCGUAAUUUCACCGGCGAACAGCACUUCAUUUUAGGUGAAUACACUGAGAGUGCUCAGGUUUGGAGAGCUGAAUUGUGGGCAGAAAGAGAGAGAGCAGGUUCAUUGACAUGUUAUCUGGAGACUCGUUACUGUCUGGCUCUUCUGUAUGGUCGGCUGAUGCAGUAUCAACUCCGAGAAGCUCAAGCUUUGGUUGAUUGUUUGGCACGUCAGCUGCAGACACAUGCAGGACACGAGGAUGAGGGGACACAAGGAUCAGCUGAUGACCCCGAGUUUGAGGGCGCGCUCUCGGGACCGGUGGGGCGUGAAGCCGCCUGCGCUGUGGUUCAAUCUCUGGGCAGGUUUAUGGCCGCAUACUUCACCAAUCAUCCUCUCUGUAUACUUCCACCACAUAACGUAGAUGUCCUGCCUCCUCUGCAUAUACCACAUGACGCAGGUAAACGUGUCGUGGAGUUGUGUCAGAGUCGUGUGGCGGUUGCGGUUCGAUCUCAACAUCUGUCUGAGGUGUGGACGGUGGACUACGCUCUGGAGCUCCUCCUGCUGGGCGGGCUGCUCCCUGAAGCCGCGUGGAUGGCACAGGGUCUGGGCGACUGGAAGAUGGCAGCGACCCUCGGCCUGGCGUACACCAACUUUUGCAGCGCACAGUUAGACAUGAGCAGCCUGAAAUGGAGAGAACUGCACCUUCCCACAGAGCUGCAGCCUGCGGUUAUCUUCCAGGGUCAACUGGAGACGCUACUGGGCCGAAUGAAUUGGUCUGAAGGACAUGAUAGUACAGACCCCGUAUCUGAUGAGGACGUGGAACAUCUUCAGCUCUCUGUGCAGGAGAUCUUGAAGGCGUCCGUCAUGGCUGAGGUGGACAUCAUAUCUCAAACUCUAACACGACUUCUGGACUCUGCCAAAGAGCGAGCGACGUCACUUUCUGUUCUAGUACCGCCUGCGUUUUACCUGCCCGCUCCUCCUCUGUACUGCCCGCAACCCUCGCCGAACACACAGGACCCCGUGAGAGACGCAGCUCUGGUUCUGGAGAGAGAGUCUCGCUGUCAGGUGUCUGGUUUGGUCCAGAAAGUGUUGUUGCUCUUCAGGGCGUCUCGCAGCUCUCGCCCCGCAGCACAGUGGUACAUCAGCAACCUGCAUCGCUGCAGGCAUUUACUGCACAAGAUCCAGAAGAGGGCGUCCGAGCCUAAAGCUGACUUGAUUCCCGAAGGACUGAAAAAAUUCUCCUCUCAUCGUGUGUUCUUCAAAUCAGCAUCCGGUAACAACAGAGACGACGUCACUACACAAGCCAUAAUUUGUUUCAGAGAGUUGUGUGCACUUUGCUGGAUGCUUCACGCUCGAGAUCAGCUCACCGUCUUCUGUAGAAGAUACCAGAUGGCACGGAAACAAGAUAUAGACUCUCAGGUCAGUGAUGUGAGCGUGUCAGAUCUUUGCGUUGAGGCCUUACGUUGGGCGUGUCGUCUUCUGCCUUUCUGUCGUUUCCUGAACGCGGAGGAAGUGCUGCAGGACUUGGUGUUGAGUCUGCUGUCUGAACUUACGCCCUGUCGAGUGACGGCGGAGAUGCUGGCGAGAGUGUUUCCUGAUGAAGACAAGUCUGUUCGUGUGCCACUCCGAGAGAAGUACACAUCACUGGUGCAGAGGUUGCGACCUGUAUUCGUGGCCGACACUUCAGCAUCAGAUGAAAAACAGGGUAAUGAGAGAGCAGAUGCUUCUGGAGAGACCAUGAUGAUUGUGAUUCAGGAUCAGCUGAGGCAGCGACGCCGGCAACUCCGACACCUGUCAAAACACCUGUGCACACCGGAGCCGUACCUGUGGGAGAGAGAGAAGGAGGAGGACCGCGGAGGUGCGGACUCCAUACUGAAGCGCCUCUCUUCUCUCGGGGCGAGUUUGAGUGACAGCACGCUGACAGACUGUGGACGCCCUCUAGUGUACAGUGAAGGAGACACGGCGGAGACCCUCUCUGAGGCGCUGUCUCCAGACCUACAGACCAAAUCUGCUCACAGCUCCAAGACAGCAAAGUUUCAGGAUUCACCUGACAGAUCAACACAUGAGAAUAUAAAAGCACAGAAAAGCUCCACUUCAGGGGAACUCCAACAACCAGAGUCAACCCAAAUCAUACCCAAGGGCCCGUCUCAACCCAUAGUGGGAACAUGGGAGUUUGAACUAGAGGAUGAGGAAUACACGCUCUUUCUAGAGUUGUUCCUCAGUUAUGUUCUGGAAAAGGACCGUUUAGACGGCGAGGAGUCUGAGCUGCCUUUAUUUAGUAGUUUUUCACAGCAGCUGCGUACUAGAGAGCUGCACACGGUGACCUUUGACAUGUUGACCGCUCUCAAACGGCGUCAGACCGGGCGCAAACGAGGUGCGCGGUUGCCUGUGUUUCGUGCCGGCCGCUGCUUUCAGACUCUCUUGCUAACGCCAGAACCAUCCGUUGGACCGGAUGCGUAUGUCCAUAGCGAUGGCACAAAUGCCACCCUCGCCCGGGCACUUCCUGGACUACGUUUUGGAAAACAGCAAGGUCUUUUUGGUCAUCGCCAACAAGCUGCCGUAACGCCCGGUGAAGUUAAAGGGAAUUUGAUUGGUUCACAGGGCAGCGCCAAUCAAAGCAAACUCCAAACGACACCGCAGGUCGAUUCACGGGCGUUUAAGAUGCCCUCACAGUCUGAAUUAGAUGUUCAGGUGCAGUUGGACUCUGCAAUCGAGACCCGGUUUCCACAGCUGGCCCGGUUGCUGGAGUGGAUGAUGCGCUGGGCGGACAGACGCAUUCUGCUUCCUCAGCUAGUCAGAAAGACGUCUGAGGGUUCCAGUGAUUCAGUGGUCAUCCGGGCCAAAGCUUCGACUCCUGCAGUGCUUUCUGCUUUAGAGCUGCUAGAGCAGAGAUAUAGCGCCGCCCAGCUGGGAGGUAACAAACAGGACACCCAUUCAAUGCAUCCCUCUCCAGCGGUCUAUGAGAGGGGCGGUUCUGUUGCUUCAGUGCUGCAGCCAAUCACAGGCUGGGGGAGGGACCGAGAGAGCAGUGUGGACACGGGUUACCCUGCGUCAGCACACACACCCAUCACACUACCAGACCCGGACGCCCAACACACUCCCAGUAACAGUCCUGAUGUGUGUGCGGCUGAAGAUGUUGUGGAUGAAUCUACUUCUGAUCUACAGAAUAGCUGCACUAAUAUCAGACAAACUUCUGAACACGAUGAAAGCAGUGUCGCUGACGUCACUGAGGCAUCAUGGCCAUCGUCCAAUCAGAGAACAGCUCACAGAGAAACCAGAGAUCAGGCAUUAACACUGGCUGAUCUUGAGUGUGUGGACACAGAUGAACGCUCAAUACAUUCACAGUCUGAGGAGAAUCACGUCUCUGGAACGCUGGAAAAUACAUCUAUUGACUCUCUUGAGACAACGGCACACAGGCAUGAGGUCUCUGCAUCAGGGUGCGUUCAGCGAACAGAUGUGCCGUCUUUACCCAUAAUUCCUCCACAGUCAGAGAGAGAGAGCACCGGUCACCUGCCCGACUCUGAUCCACCUCAAACACAGACUGAUCCCGUCAGACAGCUGCUGCAGGAUGAGUUAUUCAGACUAGUGCAGCUGCAGCAGAUCAACUUCAUGAGUCUGAUGCAGGUUGUGGGGGCGUCAUUUACAAACCUGCCGCUUCAAUCGAAUGUGAUUUUACCCCAGACUACUGCGAUAUCUACACAGACUCCGUGCCAGCCCACCUCUGCGCACACACAUGCUCUUACCCAGAAUACCCCACACAGAUCCACUCACCCUACACGAGCAUCCGUGCCUGAAAGUGUCAGUGACAGACUUCCUGUCAGUGUGAAUUCAGGGUCUGUUCUUAAUCCAAACCAUGAAAUGGAACAGAGGAGCCCAGUUCUCAGAAGUCAGGAAAUUGAGCAGUUGACCAUCCGGCCGCACUGGUCCCAGGAUGUUCAAACUGACAGCAGGAAUUUAAUCCCGACCUCACAAGGGCUUCUAACAACUGCAAAUAAUCACAUGACCACACAGACGCCACCUACAGGCAUCUUUGAAGCCCACCCGUAUGUUACCCCUCAACAGAGAGCAGGACUCCAACUUCUGCAGCUGCAUCCACCACAGCCAGUUCUCCAGAAACCUCCUCCCCCACCACCUCCUCUUCCUGUGAGGGAGGCCUGGGGUCCCUCGUCUCACGCUAACUUCCUUUCUAGUCAGUAUGCACCCUCAACAGUCCAUCGAGCUGAGAUGGGCAGAACAUGGGCCGAACCGUCAGUGGCACCUCUGUCGAAUCGGUAUGAUACAUCAGAGAGGACAGGUCUACCUCCUGCUCCUCACAGAGCGCCUCCUGCUGUUGGUCUGCCUCUGCUGCGCUUUCACCCGGAUGCCCAGCGACCCGUGACCCUGCCUCGCAUCCCACAGUCCACCAUGGUGAAACUGCCCAGUGUGGGCACCACAGUUACGGGUCACAUCCCCAGACUACAGCUGCUACACAGAGACCCAGAUCCACCCAGCACAGGUUUACGAUUCAACGCAGCUCCUGUGCGAACUCCUCGUCUCAUCCCAUUGGAGGAGCUGUUGCGAUGGGCCGCAGUGAAACGGACGCCCGCUGACACCAAACUACAGCUCUUAAAGACCGAAAACAUCACGCAGGACCAGAGCAAAACCAGUCCAUCCAGCAAGAGACGGAAGAGGAGAGAUCAGAAAAACAAGAAGAUUGGAGUCACAUUCAGACCGGAAGACUCCAUCAUUCCUCCAGACGAGAGUCUGCCGCUUGCAGAGGUGCUGCCAGAUGAAAAUGAUGGCUACGUCAUUCCUUUAGGCUCCUUUGAUUCAGAGUUGACCGGACAGAUGUUGUUGGAUAAGGUUUAUUCCACCUCCGCUGAGCUCCAUGUGUUCGCCUCCACACAGAAGAAGCCUCCUGAAAUCCAGGAUGCCUGUACAAACACUGAACCUGAAAUGUCUCGCUCCAUCACUGAUAAAGCCGUUUCCGUAAAGCUUCCUUCAUCUCCCAUCUUGCCAUCUCCUCAUUUUGAUAUGUGCGUCACUUACAGCUCCAGCCGUUUCUCGAAUCUUCGCUUCUCUGAAAACAGAACAACAGAACAGCCAGAGAUCAGACGCCUCACUGAGUCGAACGCAGAUGGUAAUGCCGAAGGUCGGAGGUUUAUCAACGUGAUCGAUUUGCCGGACGAUUCUCUUCUUCAGAAUUUGGCUCCGCCCCUGACUCCUCCCUCACCCCCCUCAUCAGCUCAGCUCCAACUUCUAGCAGCUUCUGUUGUAAGCUCCGCCCCAAACCCCGCCUUUAGCUCCGCCCCAGUCAACACGGAGCACUUCACUGAGGAACCAACCGAAGAGCUUCCAGAAGCUGAGUGUGUGAUCAGCGGAGAUCCCGUGACUCUCAGCGUGCUCUCGGCCGCCAAGAUUCCUCCUCCGGGCUCUCUGGAGCGGACGUUACUGUCCAGGAGUCAGAUCUCGGCACGUCUGUCCGAGAUGGACGCUCAGCUCAUCAGACUGCAGAACAUCGCCGAUCACAUGGACAGAGAGUUUGCCAACACCAGACUGCUGGUGAACACUAUCGAGACUCUAAACCCCGCGAUGAUGGCCAGCGUGGAGCUUGAAUCACGUCAGAGUCCUCUCAGAGUCUUACGAGAAGUGAGGAGUUACAGUCCUCCAUCUCACCGUUUCGGAAAGGCGGCUGAAGAAGAGCGAGCAGACGAGGACAUUUUGUCUUCCUCUGUAUUCAUUGGAAAUCCUGCUCAUCCAGAGGUCACCCCCCAGAAGGGGAAACAAGAGCAGCGUACCUGUCAAGCAGAAUUGAUGAAAUCUCAGCUUGACACUCGUGGAAAACCGGCGGAGGAGACGUUAGGUCUGAGCGGACUCAGUGACGUUCAAGACAUAUUGUCAGAGUUAAUCAGAGAUGGGGCUUUAUCUCGAUCAGCGCUCAAUCUGCCUCAAACACGAGAUAUAAAUCAGAGCAGGUCAGAGGUGAAGCAGAAUGGAGUGAUGAUGGAGGAGGAGAGGAGAGAUGUGAGAAUGUGGAUGAGGAGGAGACAGAGAGAGAGACAGAUGGAGUAUUGCAAACAGAGAGAAGAGAAGAGAGAGAGAGAACGCAAGCCUUUCACUUCUGCUCUUACACAUAAUCCAACCUCUGUAGAUCUGACAACCAACAAGAAAGUCAAAGAGGAGCGCGACCGGAUGGUUCUACAGGAACAUCAUGAACGGAGAACUCGUGACGCCUGCAGUCUGAUCACUGACCUGCUGACGACCCCUCUUAACCUGCCCGCUAAACCGCUCGAGACCCGCAGAAGCAGAAGUCCGUCGUCUGGGAAAAAUCGGAGAAUUCCAAAGGGCCAAAGCGGACCGCACGGGCGUUCAGCUCUUGGGAAAACUGUAGUGAUCCAGAGGAAAUCCACACCGAAACCCCACGGAUCAUUGAGCAACAGACUCGGCCUGCACAGACCAGCGAGCGCUCUUCCAGGUGACCGGCUAUCACAGGUUACGCGACGCGGGAUGCUGACCGACCUGAGAGCCAGACAAGGGACGAAGACAAUUCAACUAACAAAACUAAAAACGGUAAAGGAGAACGAUCAGACACGUGUGGAAGAAGAUCCCGAUGAAAGAGACGCGGUGAGUCCGUGGAGCCCACCGGCUGACGUACGCAGGAUUCUGGGGUUUGAGGUGCCAAACAACAGACCGUGUUUUGAUCCUUUACGAGAUCUGGACGGAUUGGACGGUCUCUCCGACAGCACCGGCAGCAUUCUGAGCAGACUGGACUGGGACGCCAUCGAGAAACUUCGUGGCAGAAGAGGAAGAGGACUAGAGACGACGUGUGUUCUGUUUCACUCCAGAUGUUGCUCUGACUGGGAAUGAUUGUGGCAUUAGUGUAUCAUUUUUGUUUAGACUGUGUUUGUGCAGAAUAAACAAGGAUCUCUCACAGGUGUGCGGUGCAUUACUAGUUUGUUCCACAUUAUAUCAUAUUCUGGAUAUCUGACAGAACGUAAAGUGUUCCCAAGCAAUACGACAGUCUUGUGCUUUUAAUGCAUUAUUUACAUAUGUAAUGCUUGAAAUGUUCAGUGUAUUUUUAUAUUUACGUCCUUUAAUAAAAUGUGCCUCCAA